UCUGUCGGUGAAGCGGACAUUGUCGGGAUGGCGUCUCUCGUUGUCCCUACCUAUGCUCCCAAGUCAAGGACAUUGUACACGGGACACAGUGACCAGAGUUCGCCAAGGCCGCAACGAUGGGGCGAGAACCCACUACACGACGUCCCGCUCUGUGAACCAUGGGACCCCCUGGCCAGAUUUCGGAACAACAUCGCCAGUGUGCACCUGGUCCCGUUGGGGGUGAGAACGGGCGAUGUGGAGAGUUUCAUGUCACCGAAACCCAAUCACGACGAUGUCGGGCGUCGGAUGAACAUGACUCACAACAAGUCCCGACGGGUUCCCCACAGACCGGCCCCAGCCAUCUUCCCACGGAACGACCCUGACCGCCAGCAGAAUGACGGCACGUAUGCCCUGAGUCGACCAACCAGAGAAUGCUUGGCACAGUGCAUGCGGGACCUGUACAUCUGUCCCCGUGCCCCCACAACAUUCCCGGACCACACCCAGAACAUCAAGCGGACGAUCCGGAUGGAGAAGAUGACCAAGCCAGGCAAACCAAAUCCAGCGACAGUCCGGGAACCCUUGAAGGAAUACGAGAAUUUCCCGUACACGACCGCCGACAGGCAGUCAUACUCCAACUCUAGUCUGGUCGACGAUCAAGCAAAGUUUUUCGUUCCUCCCAUUCAGAGAAGGUUCUCAUAUGCUAACGAUCCUGAUGUCAAGGAAGCAGAGGGAGAUGAUGACGUUGAUGAUGAAGAAGCCGCAUCUCAAGAACAGGAAGAUGACAAUCCUUCCCAGCGGAUCCCAGUCUUUGAUUCUUUGAUAAACAUCAGAGCGAGACUGAGUCAAGAAGGCUGGAACCUGCCGAACGUGUACACCAAGAUUCAUCCAUCAUAUGCUGAUGCUGAUAGCGAGCUGCCUCGGGUCGCUCACGGGCCCCAGGAACACCUUCAGCCCAAACAGGAGAUGGGUAAACGUCCACGAAGAAAGAAGUCAGGCAGGAAACGUAUAAACUGUGACUCUCCCAGUCUGUUCCCAGAUCAACCGAAGAUCAUUGAUCCCUGUAAAGCAAGAGAAGGCCUUCGCAAGGAACGGAUCAAAAUACGUUAUCCGGAAGGGGCUCAAACUCGCAUUCAUACUGACUGCACUCGCCCCUUGAGGAAAGUCAGAUUCGAUGAGAAUCCACCGAAUGUAUAUGAGAUAGGUAGAAACUCAAAUUACCUGCCUUACUCGGUCUUGGUGCGGGAGGCCCAGAGUCGCGAGGAAGAGCAGGAGGGGAAGGAAGAGGACGAGGGGGAUGAAGACCAGGAGAAGAGGGAUGACGCAGAGUGGGGGACGGACGAGAUGCUGGAAGCCGGGUGGAGGAGGAAUACUCUCCUUCCUCGUCUACAGAUUCGCGACUUCAGGAGCUUCUGCCAUUCAAGGCACCACCUCAUUCAUGUGGAGGACGUCCCCGAUCUCCGCGACAACAGGAUCUACUCAAAGCGAAUGUUCUUCGAUGGAACCAAUUCCUCCGUCUUCAGAGGCUGAGCUUGCUGUUGUAACAUGAAAUGUUGGACACGUAUUGUAACAUGCACGACUUAAACAAAUCUAUUUUGGGUGAAAAGAGCAUGCAUCCAUCACACAGAUUUUAUUAAUUAUUGAUUUAUUUGUUGCCUUAUAUUCAAACUCAAGUUCUGUUCAUUUCUUAUUCGCUUAUAAUUGUUUGUUUACGGUUGUAGAUUUAUUUGGCAAUAUUUUACAAAUGCAGUUGGUUUGUUCCGACGUCGUGUCUAUUUUUGUUUGAAAGAUGUUUAUAUAAUCGAUUUUUGUAUGUUUAUUUUAUUACCAUGACAACGAGGACUUUGUCAGCUCGUAUUAUCAUAAGGCAGUUAUAGUGUUGUCAUAAUUGGACGGUUAGUAUGUUGCAUCUUACGUCUUUUUUGUAUUAAACUCCACUUGUGCAUGGAAUACUGAUGCCCUAUUUCAUACUAUAGAUAAUUUAGUUUCCUUUUAUAUCGUUGAAUAAUGGGGUUUGCCAGUUUGAAAACGUGUACUUUUUUCACGACUCCUUAGGCGUUGAAAAUGUUUGUAGUAUAUAAAAUUAUACGUAAAAUGUUAAAUGCCUCAUAUGAAAGAAUUGAACCUUUCCAUGUUGAGAUCAUCUUCCCGAGGCAAGAGAGUUAACUGACUUAAGUCCAGUUCCCACUUUUAUAGUCAGUUAACUCACUUGCCUCGGGAACAUGUGUUGAGAUUGAAUAGCCAGUUGUGUUCUCCUGUUAUACAAGGAUGAUUGGUUAUUUGGGUAUAUAAUAAUUGAGUUUACUUUGUUUUUCUGUUUUUACCCAAGCAUAAGUAGGGUUUGUGGGAAUUAUGGUGUUCGAGUUGAAUGUAUAUUGAUAUCUGUCCGUGUCUGCAUGGAUUUAUGUAGCUCUGUGAAACAUAUUUCAAAUAAAUAUUUCUAUACAUGUU